ACAUUGACAACAACGGCUACCUCGACAAGAACGACUUCGAGUGUCUGGCGGUGCGAACGUCGGUCAUUGAGAGCAAGGGCGAGGUGAAGCCAGAGAAGUAUGAACAGAACAGGAAGGUCAUGCGGAAUCUCUGGAAUGAGAUCGCUGACCUUGCAGACUUCAACAAGGACGGCCAGGUCUCAGUCGAGGAGUUCAAGUGUGCCAUCAAAGACACGUGUCUCAAUAAGGAGUACGACGAGCUGCCCGACGCGCUUCGGGCGUUCAUCGGCUCUCUCUUCUCCACAGUGGACGUCAACGGUGACGGUCUGGUGGGUGUCGAGGAGUACCGGGUCGACUGUUGUAGUCGGCAGGCCUACAGCGACAUCAAGGAGAUCGACGACGCCUACAACAAACUCUGCAGCGCGGAGGACAAGAAGAAGGGCGGCAUCGACCUGAAGCGGUUCCAGGAGCUGUACGCCCAGUUCAUCGGCAACCCAGACGAGACGAUCGGCGCCGUCUACCUGUUCGGGCCGCUGCAGGAGCUCAACUGAGACCGCGGGCCGAGCCGAGGGACCGUCCCGGGGCCGCCGCCAGCACUGCCCGCCCAGUCCUCCUCACAGAGCGGCGCCGACCGGACCCGGCCGCCGACCCGACCGCGGAAGCUGUGGUGGCUGCGUCCUCUACUGGUCCGCAGACGGGCGCAGCAUGGCGCUCCGCUGUCCGCCGGCAAAACAUCUGUGGCAUUCUACAUCGCUUGGUAUCGACAGUUUGUCCUGCAGCCUCCCCGCGAGCGCACAAGAAAUUGUCUCAUUUUGGAUUAGAUUAACCCAAAAUAAGAAUAAAAAUAAAGACGAUGUGAUUCGAUCUAUAAAAUUAAGGGAAUAUAGCAGCAGCUAACUAUAUGUAAAUUGUCUUAAAUGGUCAGCCUAUCGACUCCUUCUGGGAGUGAUCAGCAUGCUUGCAGCGACAAUGUUUCCCAUUCAACUAUUGAGUGCGGCUGUUCUGCCCCUUCCAGUCCUUGUGACUUAUGUACAUAUUUAUGAAUGUAUCCCAUACGUGUUGUACAUGCUGAUAGGCCGACAGGCUUCUCUGACAACGUCGCUGCAUGCUCGAGUGAAGUCAAAUACAUGCUGCCCGGUCUGUGU